UAACUUUGUAUUUCUAGGACGAUGAGUGGCUCAGAUGGGAACUUGGUGGUGAUGGAGUGGGAAAAGGAAUGAAUUACACACAAAUCAGGCCCAGAAAGAGAAAUACAGUGAUAUAACUUGGAUUCAGAAAGAAUGAACAGACACAAGAGAAUAAAAUAAAUGUUUAAAAGUAGUGACACGUUCACAAUCCCCACCAACAGUUGACUAGAAACAUUGAGGAUAUGCACCUUGCUAAAUAUAUUGCUUGGCUGCUGUCGAGAUUUUUUUCCAGAAAUCCCACCAGACAGGAACAAAUCUGAGCCAGAGACUGUUUAGUUUCUCUUGCUUCUGCUCUGCAUUCUUCCUUCUUUCCCCUGAGCAGAGAAUCGCCCACCUCCCUCCUCGGACAGUGGGGAGUCCUCACCCUAUUUGGAAAUCUUCAUUUCCUGCAGGGAGACGGACAGAUCCCGCAGCAAGAGGAGCCAAGACUCCCGGAGGAACAGCAGAGAGUCAGAGAGAGAGAAAGGCCAGUUGACAGUCCUGAGGCUUGUCAGCAACAUGGCCCAGUCUAAGGUGAAUCAGGUAAAGGGGAGCGAUGCAGAGAACAAAUUCUUCCGCUCUGUGUCCAUGGCAGAUCGAUCGGGGCGAUUACUGGAGACACUGGAUAACUUAGAGCUGAGGGUGGAAGCUUUGCGGGAAGCAGCGGCUUCAAUGGAGCAAGAGAAGGAAACCCUCCUGGAACUAAUCCAAAGUGUGCAGAACAGCCGGGACAUGAAGCAUAUCAGUGAAGGGGAACGGGAAGAACUCAAUGUAACAGCCGAUCGCCUCAUUGGCCGAACCCUAACAGUGAUGGUUUCUGUGGAGACAAUCCGGAGUCUUCAGCAGGAGGAGGCCCUCAGCAAGGCCACUGCAUUGAUUGAUGAGGUGGUCAGCAAGGUCCUAGAGGAUUUGAGAAGCAACAAGAAACGCUUGGUGGCUCUCUACAAUGCCUGCUCCUCUGACACUCCUCCGGGCCCAGUCGACCAGAAGUUCCAAUCUAUUAUCAUUGGCUGCGCCUUAGAAGAUCAGAAGAAAAUCAAAAACAGACUGGAAAAGCUGAUUAGAAAUGUCUCCAAUGCUAACAGAUCAAUCAUCCUGUUAGACCAGCAGAAAGCAGAGCCUGGCAACUACAAUCAUGUGUACUGAAGCACUCCACACCUGUGCUAUUUAAAGAACAAAAUAUACUUUGUCACAUUAACACCAUCUUGCCAGUGAGUUAGAGGUCGGAUGACUCGUAGCAUAACUCAUGGCAGAUGGCCAGUUUUACAGCAAGAGAGGUCUAUUAACUCAGCAAACCAUCUAUUUAAACAGCAAGCUGCAGAAAACAGUCACAGAGUCUGUUUAAAGGAGUCACUGCUCAUUGCACCAAAUCAUGCUUAUGAUUGAAAAUAUAGGAAACACAACUCAUGGCCUUAUAACAGAAUCUCCUGAUAAAAGCAUGGCUAUAUUUCCAUAAAUAAUUCAGUGAAUGGAGGAUAGCCACACAAAACAAAUUACAUGCAUAAACCAAUCCUAGUCACCAUCAGUUCGGUCUCCAGGUGUACUUGUCAGAAGCUAUUAUCCAGUCAUCUCAAUCUAACUGGAAAUUGUAGUGUCACUAUAUGCCACCCAAGAUAUAUUAACUAUAAUCAUACAGGUACAUCUAGGACUAACAUGUCCCUCAAAGGAAUCCUAAGGAAGAAUGUGAGAUGAUUUAAGAGCCUAUAAAUACUGCUGGAGACAAUACUCAAAGUGAAUUGAAAUCAUAGCUGGUAAUCUUUCCCAAUAACCAGUAAAAUACACUUCGAAGGUCAAUUUCCAGUUGGAUACAUUACUGUCCAUUGUAGCUCUGGUCUUAUUGUGAUUGUAUGGUUUGUGGGGACUUUUAUUCUUCAUAUAUAGAUGUUCCUGAUGAGGAUUGUUUUAGUGCAGAACAUGACUGUUAAUUGUCAUUAUGGAUGUUGUAAUUAUUUUGUGACUGCCUGUGCGCUGAUUCAGGAAAUUUCCCACAACGUAUAACAGCUGAAUAGAAAAACACAUUGCAAUCUGUACCCAGAUUUGAUUCAGUCAUUAUGGCACUAAUUUCCCAAAGUGAAGUUAUGGUUCACAUUCUCCCCCAAAUUAAUUUGUGUGCUUACAAAGAUGAAAUCUUCAGUUGGGUAUGGUUUUCAAACUUAAUUACUUAUUUCCCCCUACAGUAAAGAAUGUUCCUUGAUUUGAGUGUUAAAAUAGGCACAGUUUUAAUGCAACUCAAAGUGCAUUUCACAAAGCUUAUGCAUUUUUAUUCAGACUCGAUCUGCAGUUAUCUGAUUUUACAGAAUAGGCAGGAUAUUAAAACAUUCUAUAUAGUUCCACUUACUAGUUUUAUCGGUCAGUUUCUUAGCAAACUAACCUUUUAACUUUUUUUAAAAAACUUUAAAAUGUGCCCACGUGUUCCUGUGAAAGGAGAAAACUUAAUUUUAAAAGCCUUCUUAAAGGCUUGCCAGUAAGCAGAGUUGGUCAAAAUGUUGCACGGGGAUUAAUUCUAUUUUGGGGUGUGCCUGACUUUAAGACACUAAAAUAGAAUUAUUGUUUUACGGCAAAAGACCAUGGAAAGACGAUUGGCAUUGUGUAAUUUAUGUUUGAAAUUCCAUGUAUUUUUGGGCUCAGGUUUAAUUGAUUUUGGGCAGAAAAAGAACUGUGCAUCAGAGUGGAAACUCUGACCCAAUAAUCCCAUUUAACAUGUCUUAAAAAUUUUAAGCACAGGAUUUAUUUAAAAAUGCUGACCUGAAUGGAUGGUGACAAUGCCGUACAAAAGAGCAAAAAUGAUGGUUGGUUUCUUCCUACAAGUACAAGGCUGGUAUAUUAUUGUACGCCUGGGUUCCUCACCACAUAUAAGAGCGGGCUUUUCUGUUUUGGCUUUCUUUAAGUUGACCUUCAGUGCUGUGCAUAAAGACUCCAAACUGACAUUAGCUUAAAUGCCACAAGUAAAAUGAGGUUGUUCAUUGCUGACAUACUCAGCUCUAGAAAUCUGCAGAUGCAAAUGAAAAUGAGCUCUGUACUCGCAGAUGCGAUGUGCAAUUCCUUGAAUAAAAUCUGUUAAGGAGUUGAAUAAAAAUUUGACAUCUCUAUGAAUAAAAUGCAACAUGAUUUGAAAAAUAGCAUGCAAACUAAUGUCAUAGCUGUAUUGCCAAUCUAACAGUAACAGUGAACAGUUUGGUGUCUUGAUGAGGGUUCAACUAACUUAAGGGUAAUUUCCCAAUUCAAGUCACAUUACCACGUUAUUAACUCUAACUUGAAGCUUUGUUACCAUUUGCAUCAACCUUAUGUCUCCCUAUUGAAAACAAUGAUCAAUGAUCAUUAUUGACCAAUGAAUUGUUGGCCAAAAUAAUAAUUAGACAAGUUGCAUUUGGCAUCAUUGUAUGAAAUGACAGUGCAUAGAGAAUAAGAACACGAGAUGCGGGAGCAGGAGUAAGCCAUUCAGCCCCUUAGCCUGCUCUACCAUUUGCUAAAAAUAUGGUUAAUUUAAUAAGAAAGCAAUAUAUUGCGUAUGUUGGAGCUCUGAAAUAAAAUCUGAUGAUUUUUCAGAAGAGAAACAUUUUGAACUCAAAGCGUUGCUUCUUUCUCCCUCUAGAGGUAUUUACAGACCUGAGUUUAUCUGGCACUUUGUUUUCAGUAUGAGUGAUCUGAUUUGGCCUUAACUCCACUUUCAUGAUUGCUCUGCGCUGCUCACCCCACAGCUCUCGACUCUCAUCAAUCAGAAAUCUAACUCAGCCUUACAUAUAUUCAAUGAUACUACCUCCACUGCUUUCUGGGUGAAAUAAUUCCACAGAUUAACAAGCCUGAGAGAAAAGAAUUCUUAUUUUUAAAAUUGUCUCCUAAUUCUAUCUUUCCCCCACAAGGGAGAGCAUUCCCUUAGCAUCCACCUUGUCAAGUUCUCUCAUUUCUAUAAAGAUCCUCUUAUCCUUCUAAACUCUAAUAGGUAUAGGGCCAACCUCAUGAUAAGCUAAUCCCUUCAGACUCAGUCAAGUGAACUUUCUCUUAACAGCUCCUAAUGAAGCAGGCCAUUUAGCCGAGCUGGUUGCUAUUACUGCCUCCUGCCUCACUUACAAUUAUCGCCAUGCAGAUGGCUGUUCAAUACAUAAUCUCCUUAAUGGUUUUAGAAAUAAGCAGCUCACUUUGUGUCAUUCUCCCCUAACCCUUUCAUCUAAGUGUUUAAAUCAAUGUGUGUCUCAAUUGAACCUGCCUCCACCACACUCUCAGGCAGUGUAUUCUAGAUCCAAAUGACAAAUCACAUGGACAAGUUUUUCCUUCUAUCACUUUUGCUUUUUUUUUUAAACUAUUUCUUGUAAUCUGUGCCCUCUUCAUAAUGCAUUCAUGAGUGGGAACAUUUCACUGCAUGUCCACUGUUCAGACCAUUCAUGAUUUUAAAUACUUUAAUCAGAUCGCUAUCUAACCUUAGGACAUCCUUUUAUUCCUUUCUCUCCCACGGACUUAUCCCUUAAAUUACAUUUUCACGAAUUGCCUUAACCACUCCCUGAGAUAGUGAGUUUUCCAAACACCACACUGUUCCACCGUCUUCAAUCUGUCCUCUUAAUUGAAGCUUUUCAUCCCUGGACUUAUUCUUGUAAGUCAUUUCUGCACUCUGCAGUGUUCAUGUCCUUCCUAAAAUGUGGCAUCCAGGACUGUCACCAAUACAAGUGUGUUGGGG